AUGGCUGGACAUGUGGACAUGAUGGACGACGUCCUUAUUUCAAAUUUAACACCGGCCUUGCUUCGAUCGUCCCUGCGACUAGUCAUUUCCCAAGGCCCUUUGAUACAGAAUAUCUUCGUGAAGCAUGUGCAAACCAGACUAGCUGAAUCUCCUGUGUCAUUUCCACGUAUACAUGCCCUUUUGGGCGAUGACGGCGGGCUUUCUGGGUCAUUUCUUGAGUAUUUGAAUUGGAACAGAUGCCUCUUCUCUGCCAAAUUACCCAAGCAGUCGCUGCCAAAUCUCGCAAAAAUCAUCCAAGCAAUGACUGUCGUGAAAGAUGAAAAUCCGAACCCAGCAGAGGCUCUAGAAUUAUCGUUGCAGAUGAUUGAUGGCGACAUCGUCCAGGCCAUACAGGCUUUGAAGGAGAUUCAACCAAGUCCCGAGCCAGACCUUGAGCACCAACUCCGCCAUCUGAUUCUUGCAUUGGAGAAUUACAAGCGGGUGCAUGAUAGUAGGGACUCUGAGUGUGCGGAAUACCCCUUUAAUCGCAGUGAGCGGCAGGUGAAAGACGCGUUUGUGGCGCUGUUCCCAGAAUGCAUGUCGGCCACAGCUCCUAGGUCACGCGCCAAGACGCUCAUGUCACUGAAGAUUGCAACCAAACCUGAUUUUGAGACCUUUUAUCUUGGGCCGUAUGAGUUUCCCAGAGUAUUGAAUGGUCUGUGGCAGCUUUCAUCCGCAGCGUGGGGAAGCGGAAGUACUAGCAGGCAAGAAGAAGAGCUGGUCCACCUUGUGCAGGCGGGCUUCACGGCAGCAGACAUGGCUGACCACUAUGGUGAUGCUGAGCUAGUCUACGGCGCCUUCAGGAACCGGUUGUCGCCAAGUGUUAGGUCACAGGUUCUUGCUGCAACAAAAUGGUGCGUGUUUGCACCUCCUACGGAGGCUGUCACAGCGAAAUUUGUCCUGGAUGCUGUAAAAGAGAGGUAUCGACGACUUGGAGGCAGGAUUGAAUUGCUUCAGCUUCACUGGCACGACUAUCACGACAUGAUCAUGCACUGGGGAACUUGGCGAGACUUCCAGGACUUGCUAGAGAUUCUUUCGACGGUGGCCCAGGAGCACAGGGUGAGUAUUUCAAAUAUAGCAGCUCGCUGGGUUCUCCAGCAGCCGACUGUUGGAGCGAUCAUUGUAGGGACACGGCUUGGAAUUUCUAGCCACGUCGAGGAAAACCUCGCGACGUUCGGAUUUAACUUGAGCGACUGGGAUCUCGAUAGGAUCAAUGUCAUGGCACUGGGAUCGAAUCGUACGAGAACCAGGCGGCUAUUCACAAGCAUCGGGGACUGUGGAACCGAAUAUCGAAAUGGCCAUUAG